AUGGCUACGAAAUUGGAAGCGCGUGUGGAUCUUCCAGCGCUCUACGUCAACGAUGGCAAGCUUGAGCCCAGCCAAAUCGGCCGACUCGUUCCCAUGAUUGCGGGCACAGCUUCAAUGGAAGAAAUGCGUCACAGGUUCUCAGACAGCGGCUAUCUUCUGGUUAAGGGACUGCUCCCCCGCGAAGAUGUUCUCGAGGCGCGCAGAAAGUACUUUGACAUGCUGUCGUGCACCGGUAUUCUCAGACCGGGAACGGCUCAUGUCGACGGCUUGUUCGACUCGUCGAAAGACCCAGCCGAUUACCCCGGUUUCGGGACUGGCCGGCCGGGAAGCGGUACCGCCGUGUCGGACCAGUUCAUGGACAUCGCACUCAAAGCACACGCUGAGAGUUGGUACGCAAGAGACAUAUGCAAGCACCCUGCUUUGAUUGACUUCGUAGGCGAUUUCACAGGCUGGGGUGAACAUACCGGAAGUCUGGAACGCACGCUUCUCAGGAACAAUGUCCCUGGCAACAAAGCUAUUGGCGUUCACUACGACUACAUUUUCCUGAGGCAUGGAGAAGAUUCGGUGUUGACUGCAUGGGUACCUUUGGGAGAUAUCAAGGUUGACGGUGGCGGCCUCAUUUACCUCGAAGACGGUCAUGUGAUUGGACGAGAUACCGAGCGAAACUUCACUGCGAAGGCCAUUGCCUCUGGUCUCACCGAAGAAGAGGCAAAAUUCGCGUUCAACAAAAACAUGGCCGCUGGCGGUGUUUUGACACAGGAUCCAAAAGCAUAUAGCGACUCCUGCCAGCGCAGGUGGUUGGUUUCAAACUACGAGGCGGGUGAUGUCGUCUUUCACAACUCAUAUAUGAUACAUGCGUCUACGAUGAAUUAUGACCAGGAUGGAGUGAUACGUCUGGGCACAGACUUGCGUUUUGUUGAUGUCCGCAAGCCUUGGGACAUGCGAUGGGCGAAGGUGUACGAAGAUGGAGAUGGCCUUUGA